AUGAAAGAAGAAAUUGUUUGUUUAGCUAUAAAUAUAGCUACGUUUAUAACUGAACGAACUGACACAGAACUAUCGAUGAACAAUGAUUUGAUGUUGCGCUAUCAUGUGCUCCUAGCUCUUGAAGUCUUUGAAGUGUCUGAGAUUCAAGUUGAAGGCCAUCGAUUUGUGCAUUUCAGAGAAGACUUUUUUGAUUCUAAAAACAAAUUUGUUGUACUAUUUAAAAACAUACUAUGCUUAGAAGUUCUGAAGAAAAAUAAAUCACAAAUCAGUGAUGAAAUUAUGAUUAGUUUGGAUUCUGUUCUAUCAGAGUUUCUUGUCGAACCCAAGGAAGAACUAUUGUCAAAAUUAAUAGGUAAAGUUAUAACUUACAAGAAUGAUAGAUUGGAAUUUGUCAACAACUCUACAAACGAAGAUCUAAAACGGAAACUUGACAAAUUGAAUGUACCACAAACUGUUGUCUAUAAGGCAGCUGUGAGUGGAGCUAAAGAAUACUUACAACGUCUCAAAUUGAAGGUACCAGCUUUUUUUGGUAACAAAGACUUAGCCAUAAGAGGGAAUGAUGCAAAAAUAGACCAAAGAUUAACACAUUUAACUACAACAUUUGUAAAACUAUUGGAAAAUGUGACGACAGACAAUAUAAUAACAAUCGAUGAAAGUCUUGGUGAUGGCUUUCUAAAGCUGAAUGGAGGAUUGUCCUCAGCCGUUGGUAAUAUAUUAGUAUUGGACUAUCCCACAAAUCUCCUAAGAUUCACAGAUGAUUUCGAAUCACUGGGCAGUAUAGCCAAGAGAUGGUACGAAAAGCUGAAAAUUAAAAUCGGCAAUUUAAAUGAAUACAAAUUGGACGUCAAAGUCAAAAAGUUUCCAAAACUUUCAUUCAAAACAGGAGCAUACGACGAUAGUUUGGUCAGAGAUUUUUACAACAGAUUGCUAUUUUUUACAAACCAAUCAGAUCAGGGAGGAGUAGAAGAUGUACUCAAGAGAGAAAUAGAAGAUCAUCCGUGUUAUGAUGUCUACAGGUUCAGAGUGAGAUCUGACGUAAUAUAUCUGAGGUAUCACGACGAAAUACAAAAACUAUGGAUGACUCCAAAAGUGGGAACAUAUUUGACGAAACAAAACAAACUGUACACAAAUGCUGUUACAAACGCUAUGAAUGAACCUUUAAUUGGAGUUUUAAACACGAUGCAUAGAAUUAAAAACAAAGAUUAUGUAUUUAAAGAAGAAUCUCUCAAGAUAUUCACAGAACGUAAUGUUACUGGAGCUGUUAUAGCAUCAGGGAGCCCAGUACUGACAUCAGUCAAAUUGGAACAGUAUUUAGGCAAAAGGGAUCAUGCUGUAUUGGAUUUAAAAUAUAUUUUCAAACUCCCUCAUAAGAGCCUUACGAUAUUUUAUGAAGAACUGAUAAAUUGUAAGGACAAAGUACUAAUCAUUCUAUCGAAUCACAUGCAAAGCUUUAAAAAUUGUAACAAGAAGUUAGAGAGCAUCGCAAAGGCUGUAAAUGGUAAACCGACUGUUAUAGUCGUGGAUAAACAUUCAGUGAAAACAAUAAAACAAUAUUUCUCACAAGUCCAUGAUGUAGUAAAUGACGAUCCAAUAUCUCUCAUAGAUCUGACUGACGAAUCUCAAAAAAUGGUCCUAGGAGUUGCUAAAGCAAAGUUCCAAGGCUUAGAUGUAGGUUUAGAUAUAAUUAUAGAUGAAGAAUCUGCAAAAUUAAUAGAUGAAACUAUGCUGAACAAUAUUGUUGACGGUAAAUCAAUAAAAAUAGGAAAUGAAUACAUAGAUGAUAACUAUGAAAGGAACAAAAAGUUGUAUAUAGACAGGAGAGUGAAGCCAAAAGCAGAGUUCGAUUUUGCAAACCGUAUACGACCACAAACUCUAUAUGACUUAGACGACGACGUUGUACUACUGACAGCUGUACCAGGAAUGGGCAAGUCCACUUUGAUGACUCAUUUAUCAUUGAAAACAAAGGAAAUAAACCCUAAACUGUGGAUAUUAAGGAUCAAUUUGUUGGAGCACACGAAGAUGUUGAGUGAUUGGAAAGAUAGUCAAACUGAUAUAAAUAUGCUAGAGAGUUUAAGAUUCAUGUGUAAAGUAGCCAUUUGUAAGAAGCACAGAGAUUUUAAUGAAGAUGAUGAAUUUAAAAUUGAACUGGAAGAAGUACUUGGAACGGUAAUCCUAAAAAAUUGGACCGAGGACAGUUUUAUAGAAUUCCAUCUUAAAUUAUUUCUCUAUUACUACAACACACAGAAAUUAAUAUUCAUUUUUGAUGGGUUCGAUGAAAUAUUCCCUGACUACGCCGAUCAAGCACUAGCACUAGUGAAAUCAGUUAGGGAUUUUACUAAAAGACAUAAGAUUUGGAUCACAAGUCGAUCUUAUAAUAAUAUUAAAUCUAUUUUGGAAACAGAAUUUGGACCUUCAUAUGGCAUUGACCAUUUCUCUUGGACGGAACAAGACAGAUAUCUGUUUUUGUAUUGGCAAAACAAAUUGCAACUAUCAAAACUAAGUAGCGAACAACUACAAAACAUAAACGACUUCAUUCAGUUUAUUACAAAAAAAUCAAACGGUGUCGCAGUCUUUAACAAUAUUCGACACAAAGCGUAUUUUAAAGUUUAUACAACUUUUCUGUUAUUUUUAAAGCAACAGUCUACGACCACAGGUUUAGACAUCCCUUAUCUCGAUGAAUAUUACGAGCUAGAAAUCGACUCAAAAACACACGAAGCAGCACACUUUCUGGAUAUGUUAAGUGCACCUCCUUUACAUUUGUAUUUACUGGCUGAAUAUACACUUAAUAAAAUCAAAUAUAUCGAUGAUAAACAGAACAAAUGGGAUAUUAAUACAACAGGAUAUAUUAUGUACGAAUACUAUAUAGAAAUAAAACUGAAGAGAAUUAAGUUUCAAGAGAAAAACAAAAUUGAUGUUUAUAAGCCAGACAAUAGAGUUUUAUAUGAAAAAGAAAGGACGGAAUGUGUAAAUAAGCAUAAGAAAUUAGGUGCCUUUGUCGUAUUUUAUCCUAAUACUGAAUUUUUCGACGAAGGAGAGUUAAAUGAAAUAAAUAAGAUGAUAGAUGAAUUAAAAUAUGGAAGAGAAAAAUCUGGUUUGAUCCAGACCGUAGCAAAUAACGUACCGAUAUUCAUACACAUGUCUUUUGCUGAAUAUUUGGCAGUAGAGUACGUUUGCGACAGACUUAAAUCACAAGUCACAAAAGAAGGACAAGAGAAAAUGUGGGAAUUCAUAAUCAAAGUAUUGUUUCGAAGAUUGGGAACAGAUUGUUUUCACCUUUUUAACAUAAAAUUUAAAAUGGAUUCUCAGUUGAACGAAAUGGCGGAGAGCAACAAACUUUUUAUCUUUCAGUUGUUGUCUGAUUUAGAAAAUCAAUCGGAUUACCAAAGAACUGGCAAAAUUAAUGGGAUUGAUGGAUGCUUUGGGUUGCUGGGUGAUGAACAGAUUAACGAAAAUACUGUUCUAGACUUUGAAAAGCUGUACAAAGUUCCUUUUUCAAAUAGAAAAAAUUACAUAGUUGUAUAUCCUGGAAGCAAUGAAGGAGCUCAGAGGGUUGAACUUUAUGAUGAUAAAAACUUAGUUAAGGCCAUGCACUCAUCAACAUUUCUGUUUGGACCUUAUGACUACUGA